GGGCGCGAGCGGAGCCCGCUGCUCACCUGCCGCCGCGCUGCUCACCUGCCGCGGAGCGCGCCCCCCGCGCCCUCCCGGCCCCCUCGGGAGCCCAGCCGCCGCCCCUGGCCGCCAUGGGCACCGGCGCCGACAGGCGACACGAGUAGCUCGCGCACUUUGGAAGCACCAGAGGAGCCCCCUCGGCCUGGGCGCGCCAAGAGGACGCGGGUUAAAAUGAAUGAAGACCUGAAGGUCAAUCUAAGCGGGCUGCCUCGGGAUUACUUAGACGCCGCUGCCGCGGAGAACAUCUCGGCUGCUGUCUCCUCCCGGGUUCCUGCUGGAGAGCCCGAGCCCGAGCUGGUAGUCAACCCCUGGGACAUUGUCCUGUGUACCUCGGGAACCCUCAUCUCCUGUGAAAAUGCCAUUGUGGUCCUCAUCAUCUUCCACAACCCCAGCCUGCGAGCACCCAUGUUCCUGCUCAUAGGCAGCCUGGCUCUCGCGGACCUGCUAGCCGGCAUUGGCCUCAUCAUCAAUUUUGUCUUUGCCUACCUGCUGCAGUCGGAAGCCACCAAGCUGGUCACCAUCGGCCUCAUCGUCGCCUCUUUCUCUGCCUCUGUGUGCAGCUUGCUGGCCAUCACGGUGGACCGCUACCUCUCGCUGUACUACGCGCUGACGUACCACUCGGAGCGGACGGUCACCUUUACCUAUGUCAUGCUCGUCAUGCUCUGGGGGACCUCCAUCUGCCUGGGGCUGCUGCCCGUGCUGGGCUGGAACUGCCUGCGGGACGAGUCCACCUGCAGCGUGGUCAGACCGCUCACCAAGAACAACGCGGCCGUGCUCUCGGUCUCCUUCCUCUUCAUGUUCGCGCUCAUGCUGCAGCUCUACGUCCAGAUCUGCAAGAUCGUGAUGCGCCACGCCCACCAGAUAGCCCUGCAGCACCACUUCCUGGCCACGUCGCACUACGUGACCACGCGCAAAGGGGUCUCCACCCUGGCCAUCAUCUUGGGGACCUUCGCCGCCUGCUGGAUGCCCUUCACCCUCUACUCCUUGAUAGCGGAUUACACCUACCCCUCCGUCUACACCUACGCCACCCUCCUGCCCGCCACCUACAACUCCGUCAUCAACCCUGUCAUAUACGCUUUCCGGAACCAGGAGAUCCAGAAAGCCCUCUGCCUCAUUUGCUGCGGCUGCAUCCCGUCCGGCAUCGCCCAAAGAGCGCGGUCGCCCAGCGACGUGUAG